ACGUCUUCGGGUCGAAGGCAAGUAAGUCGGUCUACGGCCAUUCGCAAAGCCGUCAAAGGAAUUAGGUAGUCAGCUAGGCCAUGCCGUUCUGUGAACGUCCUCUCCGGGUGUCGUCGAGAUGACACACUCGGAGAUCCCGUCUCGGCAAUUUCGGCCGAGGGAGAAGAUAAGAAGAGGCACAGUCAUGCCGCUUACGGGGAGAGAGAGCUCUAGGGACUCCAUAGCUGCAGCUGGAAGAGCAGGAACUGCGUGCCUACGGCAGAUGCCGCCUCGGAGGGCACGGGUAGCGAGGACGCUCUAUACGCCACCCUCGUGGGCGUUGCUAUUAUGCGUGUGGAGCAGUAGCGGUCGCCAUAGCUUGGAGACCUCCCGGAUCUCUCAGGCGUGUUGGCGGUUCCUCGAAUGGAUGCAGGUAAGUCUUGGAGGAUUCCGCUUCUCUAAAUGUCGGCUUGAUGCGUCGGAGGGGCCUGUUUGCUGCUGCAUCGCGUCCCCUGGUCAGUACAGGCGGUCAACCGGAGCUUUCGACUUGUCCUUCCCGCCGCACGACCUCGCGUUCUACACGUAUGUAGGUGCGGGAGCUGCGGGAGAGCGUGGUCUGGGUCUCGCACGCUCAAACGAGGGUCCCGCGACGGGGAUGCUAUACUACGUACUGCUACACGGUAGACCGCAAUCACCGUCUCUACCAAUCAUGCGCAGCCUUUCCAAAAGGGCAAGGCCUUGCUCACCUGUUCGGCCCGUGACGCUGGACAGGAUUGGAUUAGGAAGGUCGCCUCCAUCGUUGCCAACGCCGUAAUCCAAGAUAACCUCCCCUGGACUUAUAAUUCACAGACGGGUCAUUAAUAGCCCGGCGUGAAAGAACACGUGGGGAACAAGCCAAUCCGACGAUGCCUACGGCGAACCGAGUAGCAGAGAGAGCAACGCGGAGGGUAGCAGAGGAAGACCAUCUGAAGCUUCCUUCGUAACACCUACGCCGUAACCUAUCCAACGGCGUCCUUCACACACACCACACACACACACACACACAUAUGCAUACGACUCUCGGCACCUCUACGUGAAAUCGCGGGGUGCUGAUAACGGGCACCAAUUGGACAUCGAUGAUACGGUAGAUUCGGAGGUUGGUGACCGACCAGACACACUUACCCAAAGAGAACCGAAGGAGAGAGAAGAACCUCCCCCAAAAAGCCUCGCCCGGGGGGAGGG